AUGGCGACGAUUGCGGCAAACGACAUCAAAGAGAGAAGAAGAUUAAGGUUUUUCCUUUCCCCGUCGUCGUCGUUUACGUCGUCGACGCGUGAAAGGGCGUUUGGAAACGACCGACGACGACAAGAACAACAACAACAACAACAGUUAAGGCGUAAGUUGUACGCGACGAAUGCGCGAGCAGACGAGGACGACGAGGCGCAGAAGAAGAACCGAGGUGGUGAUGAGGAUGAUGGGAAAAACAACGUAACGAGGAGGAGUGUCGCAAACGUAAUCGUCCGACCAAAGUCCGCGGUGGAUGUAGAGCAAGGGGAAAUGAGAGACAAAACGGUCCCGAUACACGCGAGUGCGCAUAUUAUCGAGGAAAAAGAGAGUAGUUUUGAUGAAAAAAUAGUUCUUCCGGGACGUCACUUUGACGUUCCGAUUCGGAUUGACAUCGCGCACAGAUGCGUUCGAUGGCAACUCGCUCGGAAAAGAGGCGUCUCGACGGCGAAGACAAAAUCGAGAGGCGAGGUGAGCGGGACGACGAGGAAAGCGAGGCCACAGAAAGGUGGCGGGAGAGCGCGGGUUGGGAGUUUACGAGCGCCGCAAAUGCGAGGGGGCGGUACCGCGCACGGGCCGAUUCCGAGAGAUUUCGAGCACAAGUUGCAAAAGAAAGUGAGAAGGCUCGGGUUAAGGGUGGCGCUGUCGGCCAAGGCGGCGGAAGGGAGAUUAGUCGUCGUGGAGGAUUUGAAAUGGAUGAGUCCAACUGGGAAAACGAAAGAGGCGAAGUUUGGGUUGAAGCAGCUGUUGAGGUAUGAUGAUUCAAGCGAAGAAGAGGAUGAAUUAAAUAUGAAAUUAUCUCCGUCGCCUUUAGUCAUCGGCGGUACCGGAGACUCGGGGAACAAAAUAAACACGAAAUUUAGCGCUUUAGUCGUCGGCGAUCGAUUGGAAACCACGGACGAGAGCGACGACGGGUGGUUGUUGCGCCGAGGCACGCGAAACAUUGAGAAUAUUCACGUCAUGCCUUCAGUAGGUGUUUGGUGA